UAGAAGAAUCAAAUAUUCUUAGCAUCUAAUUAUAUGUUUAUAUUUCGUUACAUAUAGUUGUACGUCGAAUUUUACGAAACGUCGUGGGAAUAUCAUUGCUAGUAUCAUUGCUGCCGAAUUUAGUGACAGUACACUGCCGUUCGCUAUCGUGUUUUACAUCCAAGAAAAGUGCAAGCAAAUCUAUUGGUCACGUCGGUUUUUCGACAGUUUUCGUGAUGUACUAAGAACCAUAGGCCAAAUUUCGUCACGAGUACAGUGACGAACCUAUGGUCGGAUUUUACGUCUUUUAAAGUUCUUUUCUACUUUCUGGAGUCAAUGAGCGCGCCAGAAAAGUCAGGUACGAGACGGGGCGACAUCAUAAAUAAUCUUAUAGAUCUCAAAAAUGACUAAUAGACCGAUGGGUUCAAUAACGAUUUAUCACUUUCGGAGCGUUCUGUGCAGUAUGUUUACUACAAAAAUAUUCGAAGACCAACGCUGAUUUCCAGCUGUCAUUUAUGUUUAUAUUUACGGUUUCAAGCAUGCACCAAAUUAAAUUUAAGCAGCCGAUGAUAUUGGAGGAAAUUCACGACAAAAAUUUUCCCAUUCAUACGGUCGUUAUAUGUUUAUAGGGAAGUUUUAAGUGUGGUCUAUCUUUCCUGAUAUCGUUGAAAACAUUCCGAGUGGUACUCGUUAUAAUAAUUGCAAUUUUAAAUAAAAGUAUACACAAUUGUGCUUUGUUAAAAAUAAAUUGAAAAUAUUAUUCUUACACAAUAUGUUAUUAUUGAUAAAUGUGAGAGUAGUCGAGGUGCAAAGGGCACAAGGAGUGAAGCUCCUCUAGUGUGUGCGUACAUACGUGCUACGUGCGUGUGUGUAUAAUACCAUUGCAUAAGGACAAUCAUAUAAAUGUUCACAAAUGCUGAUCAGUCAGUUAUUCUACGAAUAUUAACAAAUUAGCAAUACUAACAAUAGAACAUGUAUAUAACGAAGGAGAGUACAAUACUAGGAGCGACCCAGCUCGUCGUUAUCAUAUUUGCAUGACAUGUGCCGUCGGCUGUGCGACCUUUCUUGCGACGCAUACUCAGCGGUGUUUCUUCUCUCCUUACGAUCACUCACAGAUUUAGUCAUAUCAGUUUUUCCAAAAUUAUGAAUUGUUUUUUCUUCGUGAAAUUCGAAAAAACCGAUAAAAAAACAUGAAAAAAUAAUCUACUUUGAAUAUCGGCUAAACUGGUCCUUACAAAGACAACGAUCCUCUCAAAAUGAUUUCCGUACACUCUAGCAGUGAAGCUCGUCGACAAAGAAUCAACUGAAUUUCACGAGUUGAUUCAAUAUAAUAAAAGUUCAUUAUCCAAUUGGUCAAUAUCGUAGUAUCAUCGGAAUUACGUGCAUCGAACAUAAUUGCGUCGUAUCUAUAUGCGUACGGAGUAAACGCAACUGUGCGCGCUGGGCGGUACGACGGUCACAGCGCAAACUGCAUUGGCGCGACCACUACGCAGUCAGCAAUCCAACCCAAGAGGAGAAAGGCCUAUUGGGAGUCCCGUUGGGGCGGAGCAGCCCAAUGAAACUGCACAAGGCUGCUUAUACGUAGAAGUAUACGAAUGGACGUCGCGGACAGACUUUUUAUUUUUAGAAUACAUCACUUUGCUUUUGAUAUCCAUACAUAAUUACAACUAUAGUUUAACACCAUGUGCUAACUCAAUUAACUACUUAUUUGGACGUUCAAUUGAAAUUGGUACAAUUAUUGAACUAGAGUAUAUAAAUUCACUUUAAUUCGACGCCGCUAAAUUCACAUGUAAAAAUGUGCUCCGUACUCGAGAUAGAUGCACCUGUUUUGCUUGAUAAUACUAAAUUAUAUCGAAAAUACUCGUUAUUUAUAGUACUGUCCGUAUGAUCCGUACGUAUAACAUAUAUUUUUCUAAAUCGCACAUAUUUCGUAUUCUCGAAAAAGUGAGCGCGAGCGUGACUUUCAUUUGAUGCGAGCUACGAGCAACGUAAAAUUUUAUAGUAAAGAUAGUUAGAAUAAAGUUCGUGAUUGUAUAUUUAAAUGUGACAUUAAAAUUGACUAUUCAAAAAAAAUUUUACCAUACUUUCGAUAAUGCAUCGUAUAUUAGGUUUCAUUUUCCAGGAAGAUAUAAAGAAAAAAAAAAUUUAUUUCAAAUAAUUUUAAACAAAUUUGUUGCUAUGUAAUGCAGUCUACGAUGCUUAAACAUUUUACUUGGCUCAUAUUGCUCGGUAUAGGAAAGCCGUCAUAUGUCAAGGCACUGAUUGAUAAAGAGAAUAGAGCAAUCUCCAACGUAACAUUUGCUCUAUUCAAAAUUCAGAUUCCUUUUGUCGUUUCCAUCGCGAACACGGCCAAAGAUUUCGAUGAGGAGUAUUUGCACGAAUGUAGUGGUUCGCUGAUAUCUGACAAGCUUGUUCUCACCGUUGCACACUGCUUGGAUAAUAAAGAACUAACCGAUUUACAAGUUUUUGUCGGAUCUAACAAUUUGAGAAACACCCGAGCAUAUGAGAUUGAGUCAUGGAUCAUUUACUGCGAGUGGUACAUUCUGAAAAAUUAUCAAGAUUGCGAUAGUAAAGCAAAUGAUAUAGCAAUUAUACAGCUAAUUAAAGCCGUGGAAAAUUUACCAAAUAACCUGCAUUUUAAGCCAGCAAUUUUGUCAUUCAAAGAAAAAGACCAACUGCUUAUGGCAAACGAUUCGUUUGUUUUUACCGUUGGCUGGGGCAGUACUCAAUCAGUUUAUCCAACUGUCUUACUGAAAAUAACUGCUUUAAAACUGAUAUCAGAUACCGAAUGUGAGGAAAGAUUGAAAAAAAUAGGUGCUUCGGCUGUUGUCACCCGGCAAUUCAUUUGCAGUAUGGGAGAGCCUUCUUGGAUCCUCCUCACCGACGGUGACAGCGGUGGUCCUCUAUUAAACCGUAAUUAUGCUAUUAUAGGCAUUAAUAAAGGUGUGAUACCAAAUCAAUACGAUAGAAAGCUUUGCAAGGAAGUUGUACGUACGUACAAGUCGAACGUGCAUAUGAACUUAUCCUCGUAUAAAAAUUUCAUCAAAGAGAUUAUGAUGUUGGGUGUAUCGGGAUGUUUGAGCAAACCCAAUGUUCCAGUAUAAAACCUUGCCUUCCUUUUUGAACAAUCGCAUAAUGUUUAUAUAUAUGCAUCACGUUAGUGUCGGAUAAAUAUUUCACGUGUCAAUGGAAAUAAUAAAAAUAACUCAAAUGAUAUAAGCCGUCUCUAUAAUAAUCUGUGUUAACGAAGAAAUGAUAUGUGUAUUUGCUUAAUGACAUACGUUAUAUAUGUCCCCUUGUAAAAAACUAAUGGAUGCAUUUUAUUAAUGAUCUGUUUGGCUGAGAUACGUUCUCGUAGUAUACUGUUAUGUAACAGUAAAUAAGCAUAUAUUUAUGGUUUCAAAUUUAUAGAUUUUAUUAUUAGUAAACAUUCAAUUUAUCGUAAUUGUUAUAGAUCAUCCUAGAGAUAUGAAAGUAAAAAAAUACGAUAAGUGUUAUUGUUUUAACGCUCAUUUUAAGAAACUACAACAGCGAGUAAAUCGUUUCGUAAAAACAAGGGAUUGUGAUUUGAAGUUAUUGUGAUUAUUUUAGAUUACUAAUCAAUAAUCUGAUAGUUAAAUGUGUACAAUUGAAAUAAAAAUUGUGA